AAACGAACCGCCCUUAAUUGGCGUCUCCUCCCCCUCCAAACCAAUAAUUGGUCGCUCCCCUUCACUACUUAGCGCUCGGGGACCUGCGUCCCCCACUCACACACUUCCCUAGGUUCUUUGACCAUGCCCUGAUUCAACACUUUCAUCACCGCCCUCGUGGCUGGUUUUGCCAUCGGAGCUCAAGCUGGCCCUUGUAGACCUCAUGCCUCAAGCUCUGUUAUUCAGUAUCCUGUUUCUACCACUCAACAGACCGCAGCCGGAACUUCUACUGCCUACACUGAUGUUGCGAGCAAGUCUGAGACCAAGACUUCUCUUUCUACUACCGCUUUGCGAGUCACCAGCACCACCAAAGACGAGUCCGAGCCUGCGACUGCUAAGGAGACAACUACUGGAUACCCUGUCGACGAGACAACUUCUUCUGCUGAAACCCUUACGAAUGGAUCUGCUUAUCCUACUUCUGAAGCUGAGGCUACUGAGCCUGCCGCCAAAACUACCUCAACUGCUAAGCAGGACACAACCUCUGAUCCUCAUACCACACAGGACUCUAGUACUGCUCCCUACACUACAACAUCAGUCCCCGAAACCACUUCGAAGCCAAAGACCACUCUCGACACCACUACCGUCGCCCCUACCACCACCUCCAAGCCUACCACAACCACCUCCGCUGCUGCUACCUCCAGCUGUCCUGCCCGCUCUGAGCUCACCUGUGCCAAGACUGGCUUUUUCAGCAACGCAAACAGCAAUCUCAUCCAAGUCUACUACGAUUAUACCCUUAGCCAGUGUCAGGAAGAGUGUGACAAGACUGACAACUGCAAGACCAUUGGUAUCACCACUAGCAACCAGUGUGAGCUCUACGAUGCUGCUGUUUCUGCCCUUGGAUUUGAGUUUAGGGAGGGCUGGUACUACUCCGUCUACGAUGCUUGCUGCUUCAAUGGCGAGUAGAAAGGAGGCUGAGCAGGCAGGCAUGCCAUGCGCAGGUAAAUAUAAUCACUAUAUAUGGGUUGGUAUGGGGUGUUUGGGAAACUAUUUCGGCUGGAGAAAAACCAAUGUCUCACUCAGAUAGUUUUGGCACUAAUUUACAAUUCUUUACAUGUUUCAAUAUAUCAUUUCGUCUUAGUCUUUCUACUUGGCUACUGAAC